AGAACACUUCCGGAGCUGCAGGGACGGCUCCGCCGGAGGAAGCAGCGCGGGCCCGACCCGCGUUCGCCCGCCGCCUCCGCUGUCGCUACGCCCCGGUCAGACUCUUUUGGCCCGGCUUGACCUGGGCUGGCCGGCCUGGGCUCUGCGGCCGGGCGGCCGCGGCUCCCGAUGGAAAUCAUAUGACACAGGCUGUUUGGGUAAUAUCUACAGGAAAGAUCUUUUAAAAGUACAGAAGACAAAAACGCUAAUGCAUUUGAGAAAACGAUAAAAGUUGGGGGGAGGGGAAAAGCAACUGCUUUCCUGAUCUGCAACUUGCCUGGAUGUUAAGAUGUCCGUGGACAUGAACAGCCAGGGGUCUGACAGCAAUGAAGAGGACUAUGACCCAAACUGUGAGGAAGAGGAAGAAGAGGAAGAGGACCCUGGGGACAUAGAGGAUUACUAUGUGGGAGUAGCCAGUGAUGUGGAGCAGCAGGGGGCUGACGCUUUUGAUCCCGAAGAGUAUCAGUUCACUUGCUUGACCUAUAAGGAGUCUGAGGGUGCCCUCCAUGAGCAUAUGACCAGCUUAGCCUCUGUCUUAAAGGUAUCUCAUUCAGUUGCAAAACUUAUAUUAGUUAAUUUCCACUGGCAAAUCUCAGAGAUUCUGGACAGGUACAGGUCUAAUUCUGCUCAGCUGCUUGUUGAGGCUCGAGUUCAGCCUAAUCCAUCAAAACAUGUCCCCCCAUCCCAUCCCCCUCACCACUGUGCAGUAUGUAUGCAGUUUGUUCGGAAGGAAAACCUACUCUCUCUGGCCUGCCAACAUCAGUUUUGCCGAAGCUGCUGGGAGCAGCAUUGCUCAGUGCUAGUCAAGGAUGGUGUUGGUGUAGGAGUCUCAUGUAUGGCUCAGGAUUGUCCACUCCGAACACCAGAGGACUUUGUAUUUCCCUUGCUUCCCAACGAAGAGUUGAGAGAUAAAUACAGGCGCUACCUCUUUAGGGACUAUGUGGAGAGUCAUUACCAGCUCCAGCUGUGCCCUGGUGCAGACUGCCCCAUGGUUAUUCGGGUACAGGAGCCUAGAGCUCGCCGAGUGCAGUGUAAUCGGUGCAACGAGGUCUUCUGUUUCAAGUGUCGACAGAUGUAUCAUGCCCCCACAGACUGCGCCACAAUCCGGAAAUGGCUCACCAAGUGUGCAGAUGACUCCGAAACGGCUAACUACAUUAGUGCUCACACUAAAGACUGUCCCAAGUGCAACAUCUGCAUUGAGAAGAACGGAGGAUGCAAUCACAUGCAAUGCUCCAAGUGUAAGCACGACUUCUGCUGGAUGUGCCUAGGAGACUGGAAGACGCACGGCAGUGAGUACUAUGAGUGCAGCCGCUACAAGGAGAACCCUGACAUCGUCAACCAGAGCCAGCAAGCCCAGGCCAGGGAGGCCCUCAAGAAGUACUUAUUCUACUUUGAGAGGUGGGAAAAUCACAACAAAAGCUUGCAGCUAGAGGCACAAACAUACCAGCGUAUUCAUGAGAAGAUUCAAGAGAGAGUUAUGAACAAUCUGGGAACUUGGAUUGACUGGCAGUACCUGCAGAAUGCUGCCAAGCUGUUGGCCAAGUGUCGAUACACCCUGCAAUACACUUACCCAUAUGCAUACUACAUGGAGUCUGGUCCCAGGAAAAAGCUGUUUGAAUACCAGCAGGCUCAGCUGGAGGCUGAGAUUGAAAACCUUUCAUGGAAAGUUGAGCGUGCAGACAGCUAUGACAGAGGGGACUUGGAAAACCAGAUGCACAUCGCAGAGCAGCGAAGAAGGACUCUGCUGAAGGAUUUUCAUGACACCUAAGCUGGGCUGAGGAUGUGCCGGGGUGAGGAAGACGUAGCUGUGAGGCCUCCCGGCUACUGUACUGCAUGCUGCAGGCUCUGCCUUUCACGACCCCAGGCAACAGCCAGGGCCCCACUCCUGAGAGACACUGGCCACACACCUCUUAGUCAAUUUGUUUUCUCCUCAUCUUUUUGCUUUUUGUUUCUACCAGGGUAGGGGCGCUCUUGAACUGGCCUCUAACAAGGACUUUUACAUUUCCCCUGGAUGGUUGUUGGGUGGGAGGGAACUUUUUUUUUCUGAAUGGCUAUUAAUAGUAUUAGAUCAUUACAACUUAUGUAAUUUUCAAAGGUUGUACGAUUAUAAAGAAAAAAAAGGCAAACCAUAGAUAACACAGCGCCCUUGAAAAUAAAUUGGCAUUGGAGUGUUUCACCCUCUAGCUAUUUUACUUAGAAUGUAACUUGAUGCUGCCCACCUACCGAGCCUCAGAAUAUCUGCACUGCCAGGGGCCCUGGGGGUGGCAUCUGCUUUCCAGCAUCAUGUUUGGCCAUAGCUGUCCCAAGGGAAGAGCACGGGUGGCAUAUGGUGGGGCUGAGUUGGCUUGCAUAACAGGCCUGGAGAUAGCGAGUUCCAUACCUCCUGCCUCAACUGGGCAGCAAGGGCACAGAGCAGAGCACGGUCUCACUACGGCCUUGCUUUUCUUCUUGAAUGUGAGGUUGUCUGAGUCAGGCCACCAGGCCAGAACCCACCACCGAGGUGUGCUAACGUUAGUGCCACCAGACUGGGAGACUGGCUCAGCACGGUGCUUCCUCUUGUCUCAUGAAGAGAAGAGACCCACCUUUGAAAGGAAUAGAGUUCCCUCAAAUAAGUUCCCUUCUCCUUGGUCAUUCUUUGAUCCAGUAUUCAAGUGGUGUACUCUGACCAGGGUC